AUCUGUUUUCUGUUGCGAAAGCACUUUGCAAGCCUCUCACAUCGCACUGAGCACUGGCCACUUUCAUUAUGUGGCUGUCUUCUGGAUGUACUUCAAAGUACGUCAUGGCCUCCUUCACGCGUCGGAUCUUCAGGUCUUGUUUCCAUGGUUUGAGUCGAAGGAGAUGUAACACAGCAGCUUUUAUGCCGGAGGCUGCGGCGUUUGAAGCAGUGUCGGACCGCUCAGCUCUGCAGGAGUUUUCAGUCUCCUGUAGCGAGAGCUUCUGGGCCGCUGUGGCGCGUCAGAGACUUAGCUGGAUCAGUCCUUUCCACACGGUCCAGGACUGUGACCUGAGCCGAGGCAAGAUUAAGUGGUUUGAAGGAGGAAAGCUUAAUGUGUCCGUGAACUGCCUGGACCGGCAUGUACACACCUGUCCCGAGAGAGUGGCUUUGAUCUGGGAGAGAGAUGAGCCGGGGUCAGAGGUCAAGGUCACCUACAGGGAGCUACUGGAGAUGACAUGUCGCCUAGGAAACCUUCUAAGGCGGCGUGGUGUGAAGAGGGGGGACUGUGUCACCAUCUACAUGCCUCCUUGCCCUCUGGCUGUGGUGUCCAUGUUGGCCUGUGCCCGCAUUGGUGCAGCCCACAACGUGGUGUUUGCCGGGUUCAGUGCAGAGGCCUUGGCAGAGCGAAUAAGAGAUGCCCGAUCCAGCACUGUCAUCACAGUGAACCAGGGCGUCAGAGGGGGUAAGGUCACAGAGCUGAAGAGGACGGUGGAUACAGCGGUCCAGAGCUGUCCGACAGUACAGCAGGUGUUUGUUGCUAUGAGAACAGAGAAUCCAGUUGUCAUGACAGCCAAGGACGUCGCCAUGGAGGAGGAAAUGCUGAAGGAGGACGUGGUGUGUGAGCCGGCUGCCAUGGACAGCGAGGACGUUUUGUUCCUGCUUUACACAUCAGGCAGCACAGGGAAGCCCAAAGGACUCGUCCACACUCAGGCUGGGUAUCUGCUGUAUGCUGCACUCACCCACAGGUAUGUCUUCAGCUACCAUGAUGGAGAUGUAUUCGGCUGUGUGGCAGAUAUUGGCUGGAUAACAGGACACAGUUACAGUGUCUAUGGGCCGCUGGCCAACGGGGGCACCACUGUCCUUUUUGAGAGCACUCCCAUUUACCCUGAUCCAGGAAGGUACUGGGAGAUGGUUCAGAGACUUAAGAUUAACCAGUUUUACGGGGCUCCCACAGCGAUCCGCCUGCUGCUCAAAUAUGGAGACCAGUGGGUGCACAAGUAUGACCGCUCCACCCUCAAAACUCUGGGCUCUGUGGGUGAGCCCAUCAACACCGAAGCAUGGGAGUGGUACCACAGUGUGGUUGGAGAUGGCCGCUGUCCUGUGGUGGACACCUGGUGGCAAACAGAGACAGGUGGCAUCUGCAUCGCCCCGAGGCCAUCAGACCCAGACGCAGAGAUUGUCCCAGGAAUGGCUAUGAGACCUUUCUUUGGCAUCAAGCCAGUACUCAUGGACACUGAGGGCGAAGUUGUGACUUCCAACAACACAUCUGGAGCUCUGUGUAUAGCUCAGCCUUGGCCCGGCAUGGCCCGAACAAUUCAUAACAACCACCAGAGAUUCACUGAGACCUACUGUCAGCCGUAUCCUGGUUAUUUCUUUACCGGUGAUGGGGCCUAUCGAUCAAAGGAGGGGUAUUACCAGAUCACUGGGCGCCUUGAUGAUGUCAUCAAUGUGAGCGGUCACAGGAUUGGCACGGCAGAGAUAGAGGAUGUGGUGAAUCAAUGUUCUGCAGUGGCUGAAUCUGCUGUCAUAGGAUACUCACAUAACAUUAAAGGACAAGGCGUUUAUGCUUUUGUGGUGCUAAAAAAGAGCGUAGAGGUGGAAGAGGCGGACGUGUCCAGGCAGCUAACCGUCAUGGUUUCUAAAAAGAUCGCCAAGUACGCCUGUCCAGACUGCAUCCAGUUUGUCCAGCGUCUGCCAAAGACACGCUCAGGUAAGAUAAUGCGCCGGGUGCUGCGGAAGGUGGUGGAACGCGAAUUGAACGGGUUGGGUGACCUCAGCACGCUGGAUGACCCUGCAACAGUUCAGGAGAUCAUCCAAGGUCACCGCGACCUCUUAAGCAAACAGCAGCAGCAAUGAUGUGUUUGCUGAAAACAUUCUUAUCGCACUUAAACAGACUUGUGUCUGUGUAUAAACAAUGACUUUAAAGGCCAAAUAUUUUUAUUUGUUUUUAUUGCACAUAAGAAAAUUGUAUCAAAUCAGGUAAACAAGUGUUUAAACUGUAUGUAUUGUCCACAGAUGGAUCUGCUCUUGGUAGGAAUUACUAAAAGCAUAAAAACAUUGUGUGUUUUUAAUACAAAACUGAAUUACACAGUAGUAAUAAUAUUCCCAUGUAUUAACUGUGAACAUAACACAAUAAACCACUGUAAUUUAACAUAAAGACAAACAACAAGUAUAAAGUUUACUGUUUCUUUCAUUAUAUUUAAAUCAUGCUGACUAUUACAUAAUAAUCCAAACCAUUCGGGUCCAAAACAUUUUGGCUGGUUCCAGACCCAGAGCCUCUAAACCAUCAUCCUGUCUGGAAAAAUGUGUCUAUGUACCUUAUUGAAGAGCACCUGUUAGUAACUGAGGAGUUCAGGAGUGUUUUCUGUUCUCGCCCCCCACACUAGUGCUUCCU